AUGGCAAAUAUAACUACAUAUAUCCGGCCCGGCUCGCGAGCAAUGAGAUACUUUUGCAGUACAUGUGGCUGCCAAAUUGGCGGUGAGGAUGGUGGAUGGGUGAUCUCAACAUCUAUCUUCGACGCCAACCGCGAUGAUACGGGGAUCUGGGAUAUCAAAAAACAUAUAUAUACCGAGUCUACGCUGGAUGGCGGGUUAGCGGAGUGGUUACCACGAACUGGGAAGAAGGAGAUGGCAGUAUGGAAUCCACCAGACGACGCAAUCGAUCAUCGACCAGGUGAAGUUGAUGGAAAACUACUCGCGCAAUGCGACUGCGGAGGUGUAUCAUUCCAAUUCUCCCGCCCGACACAAGAAAUCCUCGAUGACCCAGAGAUAAGACGCAAGUGGGUAUCCCCCGUCGAUAAGUCGAAAUGGAUCGCCUGUCUAGAUGCCUGCGAUACGUGCCGACUUACAGACGGGGCUCAUGUGAUUGCCUGGACGUUUAUUCCGAAGAGACUCAUCACGCCGGCGAUUCCGGAUGAUCUCCUCAUCGGUCCGUCCAAAGCCUACGUCUCCAGCAGAGGAGUGCGGAGAACAUUUUGCGGUACUUGCGGUGCGACCGUCUUUUACGACUGCGAUGGACGGGAGGACAUUGUGGACGUGGCGGUAGGACUUCUCCGGGCGCCCGAAGGUGUCAAAGCGGAGAAUUGGCUGACGUGGAGGACGAAGCGAAUGGCCUUUUCGGAGGAUGGUAUGCGCUAUGAUCCUGUGUUGACUGAGUCGCUUCGUCGAGGAUUCGAGGAGUGGGGGAAGCGUAAGCAUGGAGGCUUACUUGACAUUAUCAUGGGAUAG